GUGCGAGCCCAUUUAUCGAAAAAAGCAGGCGUAGGGGCAAUCUGGUAAACGCUGAAGUCAUACUUAAGCAUAUGAAUACGUACUUCUAUCCAGACGGCCAGAUACCUGCACAUUGGGAUAUAACAAUCGCAAUGACUAAAAUGGACCUAUAUGACAAAGAAAGCGGAAAAGGUCUCCUGGGAUACGCCAAUGUAGAAGGCGCCUGUGCUGUAUAUUCAUUCAGUAAAACGACGUUAGCAAUUGGUGUGAUUGAAGAUAAUGGUGCAUACAGCGGGAUACAGACUGGUGCUCAUGAAUUGGGCCACUUGUUUGGUGCUACUCAUGAUGGAGAACAUUGCGGCAUGAACGAAGGAUUUGUGAUGGCACCUUUCAGUGGUUCAUUCAAAAACAGCUACUACUGGUCCGAGUGCAGUAUCCGAGCUAUAUCGACAUUCAUAAAGUAAGUGUGAAAAAUAUCUCUGGAAAUCCAAUUGAUUGGUCCUGCUGAAUGUCUUUUUGUCGUGAUAUUGCA